AAAUAUAAUAUUAUAUAUUUAAGAACUUAGAAGGUCUGGAUUUAUGUGACAUUUUUUAGCUAUUUAAAAGAUUAGAUAAUUUGUAUUCCUCGAAAGAACUUGAAUCAAGAACCAUGUCCUGCGAAGUUACAGAUGUCAUAGAGACUGGCUUCACGCCAGAUGGCCGCCUCCUGCAAGUGGGUGAGAUUCGAUCUUAACUGCUUGUCUCCUUUAUUAACUCUCAAUCCGGCCACAGAGUACGCCUUAAAGGCCGUCGAACUGGAGAAUAUCACUGCGGUGGCGCUGAGGAGCGGCAGCUGUGCCGUAGUGGCCACCCAGAAGGAGAACAUUGAUAAGUACGCUGUGCCACGAAGCACAUCGAACCUGUUCACUUUUAAUAAAACCAUUGGGUGUUGCAUGGUAGGCCGCAUGGAUCCCACAGGCGAUGCUUUGCAUCAGAUGAAGCUGGCGCAGCACAUUGCCUACCUGUUCUCAUGCGACUGCGACUACCAGAUACCUGUGGAUGUGCUCUGCCAUCGAGUGGCCAAUCUCAGUCAAGUUCACACCCAGAACUCCCUGAUGCGUGUGCUCGGUUGCUGUAUGAUUCUGAUAUCUUACGAUGACGAGACAGGACCCACGGUUUAUAAGACGGAUCCGAGUGCCAACUGCAGCGGCUUCAAGGCCUGCGCCGUGGGCACCCAUUCGGUGAAAGCAACUAAAUAUCUGGAGCAAAAAUACAGGAGGGAUCUGUCCCAGGAUAAGGCCAUCCAGCUAGCCAUUAACUGUCUGUUACAUGUCCGCAGCAAUGACAGUGAGGAGGCGACCAUUGAGGUCGGUGUGGUCAGCAAGUGUGAUCCCAAUUUCCGCAUCCUGUCCGACAGGGAAAUCGAGGAGUUUCUCAGCAAUGACGACUAGCAGUUCUGCUUCAUUUGUAAUUUUCUUUUACAUAUGUAUUAUAUGAAAGUUAGGAUUAGGAUAUAUAAAGUUACGCUUCUUUAUAAUAUAA